GAGAGAGUAAACGCUUCAAAGAUGGGACCUAUACACAUUUUCCAGGAAACUUCCUCCUUUCCUCAAUCACAUGAAUGAUUUCAGAAAAAGCAAGUCUUUUUAUCGUCCUUUGAUAAUAGCUGACAAAACCCAGUUUUUGUUUUUCAUCGAUCACUUUGAUUUCAUGCUCUUCACUGAGGUUGGCAUUUGAGUACUGUAGUGUGCAGUGUGUGAAGAAGUUUCUUGGAUUUAAUUUAUUGAUCAAAGGUUGAAUUUUUCAUUGUGGACUGCGACUUAAAUAAGACAGUCAUGAAUCAUCCACAAGAGAAGUUUGUGAGGUUUCAAGAUUGGAAGUCAGAGAAAAGUACUGAAGGGAAUUAUUCUGCAAGUAAUGUUAUGUAUCCAGGAAAAAUUAGAACCACAAUAAGCUCAGUUUCUGAGAAGUUUCAAAGAGGAUUGGAAUCUGGCUCUUCAAGCUUUAACAAGAUUAGAAAAUCAUUAAAAUCAUAUUCAUUCAACAGUGAGGUUGCUUCGAGAAAGAAAAUUCUUGACCCACAAGGGCAUUUCCUUCAAAAGUGGAACAAGAUAUUCGUACUGUCAUGCUUGAUUGCUGUUUCACUGGAUCCUUUGUUUUUCUAUGUCCCUGUGAUUGAUGAUGGUAAGAAGUGUCUUUCUUUGGACCGCACGAUGGAGAUUACAGCAAGUGUUUUGCGUUCUUUCACGGAUAUCUUUUAUAUACUACAUAUUAUCUUUCAAUUUCGCACUGGAUUCAUUGCUCCCUCAUCCCGGGUAUUUGGAAGAGGUGUUUUGGUCGAGGAUACUUGGGCAAUAGCUAAGAGAUAUCUGUCAUCAUAUUUCUUAAUUGACAUUCUCGCAGUUCUUCCACUCCCGCAGGUGGUGAUUUUAAUUAUCAUUCGAAAAAUGGCCGGCUCAAGAAACUUGAAUACAAAGAACUUGUUAAAAUUUGUUGUCAUCUUCCAGUAUGUUCCAAGGUUUAUGCGAAUUUAUCCAUUAUAUAAGGAAGUUACAACUUCUGGCAUCCUUACAGAAACUGCAUGGGCUGGAGCUGCAUUUAAUCUUUUUCUGUAUAUGCUUGCGAGUCAUGUACUUGGAGCCUUUUGGUAUUUGUUUUCAAUAGAACGAGAAACAAAUUGUUGGAGACAAGCCUGUGGGAAACAUGCUGGAUGCAGCCGUGAACUUUUGUUUUGUGACACAGCUGGUAGUGUUGGAAAUCUCUCAUUUCUGGAUAAUUAUUGCCCGAUAAUAACCCCAAAUGAAACAGUCUUCAAUUUUGGAAUAUUCCUUGAUGCCCUUCAGUCUGGUGUUGUUUCGUCGUCCAUGGAUUUUCCACAGAAGUUCUUUUACUGUUUUUGGUGGGGCCUGCAAAACCUGAGUUCUCUUGGUCAAAAUCUUAAAACAAGUACCUACGUUUGGGAAAUCUGCUUUGCAGUUUUCAUUUCUAUCUCCGGCUUGGUACUAUUUUCAUUUCUCAUUGGAAAUAUGCAGACUUAUUUGCAAUCCACAACUACAAGAUUGGAGGAAAUGAGAAUCAAAAGAAGAGAUGCAGAACAGUGGAUGUCCCAUCGCUUGCUUCCUGAUAGUAUAAGGGAACGGAUCAGACGGUAUGAACAAUACAGAUGGCAAGAAACUAGAGGUGUUGAUGAAGAGAUGCUUGUUCAUAAUCUUCCCAAGGACCUUAGAAGGGACAUUAAACGUCACCUCUGCUUGGCUCUGCUCAUGAGAGUGCCGAUGUUUGAAAAAAUGGACGAACAAUUACUAGAUGCAUUGUGUGACCGUCUCAAGCCAGUCCUAUACACAGAGGAGAGCUACAUUGUUCGUGAGGGAGACCCAGUUGAUGAAAUGCUCUUUGUUAUGCGGGGCAAGCUAUUAACCAUAACCACCAAUGGUGGAAGAACUGGCUUCUUCAACUCUGAGUACCUUAAGGCCGGUGACUUCUGUGGAGAGGAACUUCUCACAUGGGCUUUAGAUCCCCAAUCCUCUUCUAAUCUGCCCAUCUCAACUAGAACAGUUAGAACCAUUACAGAAGUUGAAGCCUUCGCUCUAAUGGCUGAUGACUUGAAAUUUGUUGCUUCUCAAUUCCGGCGGCUUCACAGUAAGCAGCUCCGACACACUUUCAGGUUUUACUCGCAGCAGUGGAGAACAUGGGCUGCUUGUUUUAUACAGGCUGCAUGGCGUCGCUAUAGUAAAAAGAAGCUCGAAGAGUCUCUCCGGCAAGAGGAAAAUAGAUUGCAAGAUGCAUUAGCGAAAGCUAACGAGAGUUCACCAAGUUUAGGUGCUACAAUAUAUGCCUCAAGAUUUGCUGCUAACAUUUUGCGUGCUCUACGACGCGGUGGCAAUCGCAAGGCAAGGGUGCCAGAUAGAGUUCCACCCAUGCUGCUGCAGAAGCCAGCAGAGCCUGAUUUUACUUCUGAAGAAUGAUUGGAAAGGUAGGCCACUUUUCAUGAUUUUGUGCUUCUGAUAAAAAAUAGGAAAAAAAAAAAAAACACCAAGAGGUUGGGACAACGUUGUGGUAGAUUGCUGUUGUUGGUUGGGUGUUACGAGGUCUGUAUAUGUAUAUCAUGUUGUAUAUGUAAGUGUCCAAUUGUUUUUGUCACCUUUUCCUGAGUUGAUUUAUGUUCACAAUUUCGAAUGGAAAAAUCUAACAGGAUGUAACGAAUUUAAAUUUAAUGCAUAGAAUUGUGUAUGAAUGUGCAAA